AUGAGGUUAGGAUUGAUCAUUGACUUGACAAACACAAAUCGUUUUUAUGACAAAACAGUAGUGGAACGGACAGGAAUCAAGCAUAUCAAGAUGCAGUUGAAAGGGCAUGGGGAGACGCCCUCAAAAGAGCAAGUUGCUUUAUUUAUUAGAAUGUGUGAUCGUUACUUUGAUCAAAACCCUGGGGAAUUAAUAGGUGUUCACUGUACUCAUGGCUUCAACAGAACUGGCUUCUUAAUCAUUGCAUAUCUUGUAGAAAAAGAUGACUGGAGUAUUGAGGCAGCUAUUCACUGUUUUGCGCAGUGUCGCCCUCCAGGAAUUUACAAAGCACACUAUUUGCAAGACUUAGUUAAGCGGUACGGUGACUCAAAUGAAUCCAUUGCUGCACCUGAGCUUCCUGAUUGGUGUUAUGACGAGGAGGAAGGACUUAGUGACAAUGAGGAGGAAAAUGGGAGGACUGUGGAAGAUGGAAGUCACUCUGAUGGGAGAAGGAAAAGGAUGCGAAGGGAUCCAAGAUUGAAGGAAGCAAAAUUUAUGGAUGAGGUUGAGGGGAUUGAGGUUGUGAAUUCACCCAGAAGAGAAGAUAUCCAAGAGAUAUGCGAAAAAAUGUGCGCUUGGGAAAGUGGGGGAUUCCCAGGAAGUCAACCAGUGUCCAUGGAUGUCCAGAAUAUUAAAUUACUUCACGAAAAACCUUACAGAGUCAGUUGGAAAGCAGAUGGCGUGAG